AGCGUCGCAGGCGCGUUCCUGGAGGACGGAAUUCGGCGUUGGACUCUGCGCCCCGCAUAGUUCCGGUGGCGACUGCGGCGCAUGGCGGCCCUAGGACAUCUUGCUGGGGAGGCAGCGGCGGCCCCGGGCCCGGGUACUCCCUGCGCGUCCCGCAGACACCGGCUUCCCGGCCAGGUUUCCAGCGCCCGGAAUCCUUCCACUGUCUGUCUCUACCCAGGGCAACCUACGUGCAGUAACGCUGACUCCAGAGCGCACCCAUUAGGCGAUGAAGGCGGCGCAGCGUCGAAAAAACAAAAGAAUAAGAAGAAAACCCGGAACAGGGCCUCUGUGGCAAAUGGAGGCGAGAAGGCCUCAGAGAAACCCGCCCCAGAAGAAGUUCCCCUAAGCGCUGAGGCCCAGGCACAACAGUUGGCCCAGGAAUUGGCUUGGUGUGUGGAGCAACUGGAGCUGGGCCUCAAGAGGCAGAAACCCACCCCGAAACAGAAAGAGCAGGCUAUUGGAGCAAUUCGAACCCUGCGCAGCAAAAGAACGCCCCUGCCUCGGAAGAGGCAGCUGAUGCACUCCUUGUUUGGAGACUAUAGGGCUCAGAUGGAAGCCGAAUGGCGUGAGGCCCUGCGGGCUCUCAGAGCUGCUGCUUAUUCAGCCCAGGUGGAACCUGUAGAUGGAGCCACCAGAAAGAAGAGCCGAAGGGUCUGCAGGCCUCGCCCUAUAUGGAGAGCCAAAGCCACUCUGGACGUUCCUGAUGAAGAGUUUAGGAUCCAGUUCUUGUACGAGAAAAGGAGGUUUUGGUAGCACAGAUUAUCAAGGUAAGGCGGCUUACUGGGCCAGCAAAAUUUCUGACACGCCUCCUGUGUGCUCCGUGCAUAGGGGAGAAAGUUUGAGGGAAUCAUUGAUACGGGCGCUGAUGUUUCUAUUAUCGCCUUACAUCAAUGGCCCCAACAUUGGCCAGAGGAGCGUGCGUCCACAGCAUUAGUUGGUGUUGGUCAGGCUUCAGAAGUAUAUGAAAGCUCCACAACUUUACAUUGCACGAGCCCUGAAGGACCCCGCCACCACAGGAUCAGCGGCAGUAGAUCUCUGUUGUACCAGAGAUACUUCUAUUGGAAAUAUUGGAACUAUUAGAACUAUUCGCCACCUCGUUACAAGCAUUCCUGUUAACCUAUGGGGAAGAGAUCUUUUGUAUCAGUGGGGGGCACAGAUUUCUUUUCCUGAAGGCAAUUACAGCCAACAGAGUAAGGACAUUAUGACCAAAAUGGGAUUUGUUCAAGGUAUGGGCUUAGGAAAAUUAGCACAAGGCAUCACCGAGCCUAUUAUACCUACUCAUGAAUCAGACUACAGGACUGGAUUAUUCUUUUUAGAAGCGGUCACUAUCAGGCCUCCAGAUCCCAUCCCUUUGACCCGGAAAACUCAGAAACCGGUCUGGGUAGAUCAGUGCCCUCUCCCAAAAAAUAAGGGGGAGGCACUUCAUAUUUUGGUUCUUGAAUAGUUAAAAUUGGGACACAUCGAACCCUCUUUUUCUCCCUAGAAUUCACCUGUCUUUGUUAUCCAAAAGAAAUCUGGUAAGUGGAGAAUGCUUACUGAUCUUAAGGUGGUAAAUGCUGUCCUUCAGCCUAUGGGGACAUUACAACCCAGUUUGCCCUCCCUCACUAUGAUUCCUGAGUAUUGGCCACUUAUCAUGAUUGACCUUAAAGAUUUCUUCUUUACCAUUCCUUUGGGCCCCUCAGGACUUUGAAAAAUUUGCUUUUACUGUUCCAGCCCUUAACAACAUCACUCCUGCAGCACGUUACCAUUGGAAAAUCCUACCUCAGGGUAUGCUUAAUAGCCCUGCUAUUUGUCAAUAUUAUGUGGGAUGCAUAUUAAAACCAGUAAGAGAUUAAUUUCCCCAAUGUUAUGUUAUUCAUUACACAGACAAUAUUCUUUGUGCAGCACCUUCACGCUCUGUAUUAAUAUCUUGUUUUUCUGCUUUACAACAAGCAGUUACAGCAGCUGGCUUGGUUAUCGCUCCAAAAAAAUUCAGAGUUCUUCCCCUUAUCACUAUUUAGGAAUGCAGCUAGAGGACAAGGUCAUUAAGCCUCAAAAAGUUCAACUCAGAUGAGACUCAUUAAAAACUCUAAAUGAUUUCCAAAAAUUCCUAGGAGACAUUAAUUGGAUUCCUCCCUCCUUAGGCAUUCCUACUUAUGCUAUGUCUAAUCUUUUGCAAUGUUGUGGGGCAAUCCUGAUUUACGCAGCAAAAGGUCCUUGACUUCUGAGGUGGAUUCUGAAUUACAACUUGUAGAAAAAUGCAUUCAACAGUCUCAGGUUACCAGAGUGAAUCCACAUUUACCUUUUGAAAUACUAAUCGUUCCUACUUAACAUUCACCAACAAGACUCAUUAUUCAGGGACAUAAUUUAAUUGAAUGGUGUUUUCUUCCACACAGCUCUUUACGGACACUAACUAUUUACCUAGAUCAAAUUUCUAUCUUAAUUGGUCAGGCUCUUUCUCGUCUGCUUCGUCUUUUGGGUACAGAGCACCAAAAAAUCAUUGUUCCCCUCACCCAAUUACAACUUCAACAGGAUUUUGCUACUUGCAUUGCUUGGCAAGUACAUUUGGCAGGUUUCCCGGGUAUAAUUGAUAAUCAUUAUCCUAAUGUAAAAUUAUUUCAGUUCCUUAAACUCACUUCUUGGAUUUUACCUAACAUUACUAGAAACACCCCAUUAGCUGAAGCUGUCACUAUUUUUAAUGAUGCUUCCUGUAAUGGCCGAGCAGCAUAUACAGGGUCAAGAGAAUGUGUUCUUAGCACAGGAGCUAUUUCAGCACAACGAGCUGAGCUGCUUGCUGUUAUGGCUGUCCUUGAAGAUUUCCCUAAACCAGUUAACAUUGUCUCUGACUCAGCGUAUGUAGUACAUGUUGCUCGCAACAUUGAAACUGCCUUAAUCAAAUUUCUGCCUGAUGAUAACCUAUUCUUUCUUUUUCAAAGGUUUCAGUCUGUGAUCAGAGCAAGGUCUUCUCCUUUCUACAUUACUCACCCUCGGGCCCACAGACCCCUCCCCCGACCCCUCUCGGCAGCAAAUGCCUGAGCUGAUACUCCCGUUUUUACAGAUGCAGAAAAUUUUCAUUCCUUAACUCAUGUCAAUGCUGUGGGACUCCGAAAAAAGUUCCCCCUCAUAUGGAAACACACUAAAACCAUUGUACGUCACCGUCCUACUUGUCAAGUGUUAAUUUUACAGCCACUUUCCUCAGGAAUUAACCCUACAGGACUUUCACAGAGUCCUCUCUGGCAAAUGGACGUGAUUCAUUAUCCUGCUUUUGGCAAGCUUUCUUUUAUACAUGUAACUAUUGACACCUUUUCUUAUUUUAUCUGGGCUAUUUGUCAAACAGGGGAAAGUACAGCUCAUGUUAAAUGACAUAUGCUUUCAUGUUUCUCGGUUAUGGGCUGUCCUGAGAAAUUGAAAACUGAUAAUGGCCCCGGCUACAAUAGUGCUGCUUUUAAAAAGUUCACUCAAACAUGAGCAAUUACUCACACAACUGGCAUCCCCUAUAACUCUCAAGGACAGGCCUUGGUGGAACGAGACAAUAAAACACUCAAAAAUCAACUUUGAAAACAGGACACUAAAACAAAGAGGGAUGCUGCUACUCCUCAUGCUCAAUUAAAUCUGGCUCCUUUUUCCCUAAAUUUCUUAAACAUAGCAAGAAGUCAACCUUUUACCGCGGCAGAACAACAUUUCACUGGAAGUAAAUUUGAUCCACAAAAAGGAAUGCAGGUAUGGUGAAAAGAUUCAAAAACUAACAAUGGGACUUAAGCACAGUCAUAACAUGGGGUAGGGGUUUUGCUUGUGUUUCCCCAGGAAAAGGACUAUAGCCCAUGUGGGUGCCCUCCUGACAAUUAAAAUUGCACCAUAACUCCAAAGAUGAAACGCUCCCAGAAACAAAAGGCAAAGACCCCUCGGAAACCAAAGAGCAACUUUUGCCGCCUGACACGUAAACUUCAUGACCUCGACAUUGAGACAAGACCUCGACAUUGAGGCAAGAUCUCGCCGUGUGACCUACAACACCUCUGGUUCAACUCCUCCAACAUGGGGUCAAAUAAAGGUUUUGUCUCAUCAAA